CUCUUUGACACCACCAAACGUUCGCUGAACGUUCUGACAAGUCGUGACGACUGACGACUUAGUCGUCUUACAGUAUUAUUAAUUUACCUGUUGGACAAGGAGAGCGUUUCAUCAUCCAAUAUUUGGGGACAGAUUUUUCUGACUUACUUAUUUGUUAUUCAACACCUUGUAAAUAAGAGGACGACAUUUAUCUGGCAGCUCUCGUCUCGUUUUUGGUUUGGACUCCAAACUUUGGAGUGGACCAGUGGACCUACAUAUCAAGAAGAAGACUCUUAAUUCAAGCAAGAGGUCGGCGGCAAAGAUUUGGAAUUUGCAAAUAAUCGAAAUAAGGCGACGGAAUGGCAUCUGUCCAGGUCGCUGAGAGAACAUCAGCUUCAUCGAUGCCCGAGACUGACGAACCACCUCCAUCGCGGUCUUCGUGGGGUGGAUGGGGCACUGCAGCCCCCACAGCCCCCGUCCUGGCUCUGAGCGACAUUAUGAGCGAGCAGUUGGCUAGCUCCCUCCAGUCCCAGGAGGAGGAACGGUUCGUGGCCGGCUUGCUGGAUUCACCAUCAGCAGACGUAGAAGAAGGAGACUACAGUUUUGAUGGUAAGGAGGAAGGAGUUGGACGCUCCAUCUUCGCCACUUCAAAGGAGGACACCAGCUCUGAUUUUAUGAUCGCACAAAUGCUCCAAAUCCAGUUUAGUCGGGAGCAUGAUGACGACUUGAAGCGUGUGGAGCAGAAAUAUAAUGGAACAUCGAAGGUGUCUGUCUCUCUCAAUAAAUAUCUCAUGUCGCCUCCUGGUGUUGACUCGGACGAGGACGAGGAAGACUUGCCUCCACCAAAGUCUUGGGACAGUUUUGAAGCUCAUGAAAAGGCUUUUCCGCAAAUGCCUCGAUGUGGGUACGUCAAGGUAAACAAUGAGUUGGUGACGAAGCAUGAUGUCACAAUGAAUGGUCGGCGGAAUGCAUGCAGGGUCAUGGAGUCAAUGCCUCCUCAUAUUCACACUGGCGAUGCGGGAAGUUUUGAUAUGCAACUCUCCAAUAAAGUUUUCAACAAAUUGCGAGCCUAUUCGAAAGCAGAGGAAAAUCGUCGAAGUCGUCACCAUGAUAAAAAGGAAAAGUCGACGUCGGACCUCGCGAUUGAUACCAAAACCCGCCUCUUGUUGUACAAGUUAAUCAAUGCCACCAUUUUGGAGAAUGUGUGCGGUAUAAUUUCAACGGGAAAGGAAGCCGUGGUUUUAUUCGCAUCAGGUGGGAGUGGCGAAGAGGUCUCUCAGUUGGGCAGGGAUGGAGAAGCUACUACCAAAAUGGAAAUCCCUACAGAAUGUGCCGUGAAGGUGUUUAAAACGUCACUAAAUGAGUUCAAAACUCGAGACAAAUACAUUCGGGACGACUAUCGGUUUAAGGAUCGUUUCUCAAAACAGAAUCCAAGGAAAGUGAUUCACCUUUGGGCGGAAAAAGAAAUGCACAAUCUAGUCCGAAUUUCGAAAGCUGGCAUCCCCUGUCCUGCCGUAGUGGUCCUCAAGAAGCAUAUCUUGGUCCUCUCCUUCAUUGGCAGUGAUAGCAAGCCUGCUCCCAAGCUCAAAGAUGUAAAGUUCCCAAUCGGAGGUGACGAGGAUGACCUGCUACUCUCCGCCUAUAACCAAACAGUGGACAUGAUGAUACGACUGUACAAACAGUGCAACCUUGUUCAUGCCGACUUGUCAGAGUACAAUAUACUCUGGCAUGAAAACAAGUGCUAUGUUAUUGACGUGAGCCAAUCGGUCGAACCAAGCCAUCCAAAUGCACUCGAAUUCCUUUACCGCGACUGCUUUAACAUCGCAAACUUUUUCACCAAAAGGGGGAUCAAAAAUUGUCACACCCCAGAAUCCCUAUUCCGACAAGUGUGCGAUCUCACUUUGGACGCUGGAGGUGGUGGGGCUGAGAUAAUUAAUCAGAUUCAGGACUACGAAAAGAAUUUGGAACUUCUCACAUUUGCCCAACCGGAGAAACCGUUUGCGUUUGACUACUGCUGGGAACAAUCUACUAAAUCAUCCCCUCCUUCGAAACAAUCUGACCAAUUACUGCAUUAACAAACAUUCAACAACAAAGCCUAAAUGAUAUUGGUAAUUGUUUUGCGUUGAGGAGUGGCCUGUUCUUAUAGUGACUUUCCUUCAAUUUUAUACAUACAUGUGCAGUAUGUUAUAUACAUGGUGCUGGAAUGACUAACUACAUAAUUGACGACCAACAAAUACUAAUGUAUGUAUCGUGCUAUUUACUUGAAUAAACAAGUGAAAAAUCAAA